UUCCUUUCCCUUUAAGAGCCAUUGAUAAACAUGUGACUAUGCUAAUGAAGGUCGUUAGAGAACAGGAACUCAUCAGUCUUCCUUUACAUAUUGUGGGGAAACCUUUUUACCAAAACAAAGGCACGGCCCAUAGUUGUUUGUUGUAAGUAGUUGAAGCAGAUCCAGGCUUGGGGGGAUCCAAAAUGGGAUAAAAAGGUGUGAGAAUGAGAGGUGAGUUAGUUUGGGGAAGAGACGUGUGGGUACAGGAGCUCUGCAGGCUAAUGAGGAGACUCUGCCCAAGGACAGCUUGGAUAAAAGAAAAGAAGUCCCAGAAGCUAACGAUUCUCUUCUUCUUCUUUGGAUAAAGACAAGAGACCAUUAGACUGUAGAUCUUCUACAACACCAGCAAAUCCUCACAUUGGAAAGAUAAAUCUGUAUCAGACUCAGAAAAAGCUUUAGUACAAUGAGCCUUCCCAACUCCCAGAAGGAACGUCCCUCUGUGACAAAACAUUAUGAAUGUCCAGAAUGUGGGAAAAGAUUCUUAAAACAAACCCACCUCCAUAGUCACCAGAGAAUUCAUACCGGGGAGAAACCUUUCUCCUGCACAGAAUGUGGGAAAAGAUACUUCAGAAAACAACACCUAAUUAGUCAUCAACAAAUUCACAGUGAUAAGAAACUUUUUUCCUGCACAGAAUGUGGCAAAAGUUUCAAGCGAAAAGAAGUCCUUAAAGAUCACCAGAAAAUUCACGCUGGGGAGAAACCUUAUGAAUGUGCAGAAUGUGGGAAACGAUUUGUGACAAAAGGCCAGCUUCAUAUUCACAAGCAAAUUCACACUGGGGACAAACCAUUCUCCUGUACAGAAUGUGGGAAACGCUUCAGACUAAAAGAAAUCCUUCAAUAUCAUCUUCAAACUCACACUGGGGUGAAACCGUACGUAUGUACAGAAUGUGGAAGAACCUUUUCAAAAAAUGACCACCUUCAGAUCCACUUUAAGACUCACACAGGGGAGAAGUCCUUUCCUUGUGCAGAAUGUGGGAAGAGUUUCAUCUCAAAGGUCUACCUUUCCAGCCAUCAGAAAAUCCACACAGGGGAGAAACCGUUUCCUUGUUCAGAAUGUGGGAUAAGAUUCCGUUUAAAGAGUGACCUUAACAGACAUCACAGGACUCACACGGGAGAGAAACAUUUCUCAUGUAACAAAUGUGGGAAACAAUUCUCUCGUAAAGAAAGUCUUCAACGACACAUGCAAAUUCACUCCCAGAAGGAACUUUAUGUAUGUCCAGAAUGUGGGAAAAGAUUCUUGACACAAAGCCACCUGCAUAGUCACCAGAGAAUUCAUACCGGGGAGAAACCUUUCUCCUGCACAGAAUGUGGGAAAAGAUACUUCAGAAAACAACACCUUCGUACUCAUCAACAAAUUCACAGUGAAGAGAAACCUUUCUCCUGCACAGAAUGUGGGAAAAGUUUCCAGCGAAAAGAAGUCCUUAAAGAUCACCAGAAAAUUCACACCGGGGAGAAACCUUAUGAAUGUACAGAAUGUGGGAAACGUUUCCCAACAAACAGUCACCUUCAUGCUCAUCAGAAAAAUCACAACAAGGAGAAGCUUUUCUCCUGCACAGAAUGUGGGAAAAGUUUCAAGCGAAAAGAAGUCCUUAAGCAUCACCAGAAAAUUCACACGGGGGAGAAACCAUAUGCCUGUAUAGAAUGUGGGAAAACUUUUUCCCAGAAAAUCCACCUUCAGAUCCACUUUAAGAUUCACACAGGGGAGAAAUCGUUUCCUUGUGCAGAAUGUGGGAAGACGUUCAUCUCAAAGGUCUACCUUUCCAGCCAUCAGAAAAUUCACACAGGGGAGAAACCAUAUCCUUGUACAGAAUGUGGGAAACGUUUUCGUUUGAAGAGUGACCUUAAUAGACAUCACAGGACUCACACAGGAGAGAAACUUUUCCCUUGCACAAAAUGUGGGAAACACUUCUCUCAAAAAGAAAUCCUUGAACGACACAUACAAACUCACACACGUGAAAAAUGUUUCCCAUGCACAGAAUGUGGCAAAGUGUUGUCUUCAAAGAGAUACUUUACCAUCCACCAGAGAAUUCACACAUGAGGUUGUGCAAAACCUUCAGUAACAUCAUAUGGUCAAUGGAAGAAACACACAGAAUGGGGAUUCUCCAAUAGGCUUCAUCUCCUCCACCAGAACAGCCAGACAAGGGAAGAGAUACCGUCACUUCACUUUCCUUCAGACUCUCCCAUGUCAACAGUAACUAUUGGUAGGAUCACCUGGCAGUUAUGUCCCACCCUGAAACAAAAACUAACACUGGGUUCUCCUCUGCUCAUAGAUAUAGUAUAACACCAAACCCAGGAACUAUGGGAUGAUUUGUGUGGAAUAAAUUUUACUCAAUAAAUAUAAUGCAAUAUUUCUGUA